UAUCUGGCGCGUCGCGGCAAGAAUUGAACUGAUGCGGUGCCGCUGAAAAAUCAAACAAACAUGAGGCUUCCCUGCGAUGUUGAGAUUCAAAACAGGAUGCUGCCAUCACAUGGUAUGGUCAAGAGAGGGCGAUCAGUUAGGGCCUCUGUUGUGAUUGGUCGAAGGCCGCUGGCUGGGAACGGCAAAGGUGGAAUCUUCCUCGCAAUUUGCACAGCUAAAGACCGUGAUGGAGCAAAGUAUUGUUUAAAAGGGAAUGUGGUCAAGAUCUUUGGGCGCUUUGUUCAAGAAGGCAAAGCCACAAUUCGUAUCCAUGAACCAGCUCAGGAUGUGUGUAUCAGUAAGGCCGACCCUCUCCAGCUGAAAGCCUUCCUGACAGCAGUCAAUUUAGCCCACCGAGACCAGGACCUACCCAAUACCCAGCUCUCUAGUCUGAUCCCAGCCAAACAGUCCCAAGUAGAACGGCCUAAGACUAACGUGGUGAUCCACCAGAGACGGGACUAUCCUAUCAGUACUGGCUUUCCUCAGAAAAUGGAAUCUCUUCAGGUUAAUGAUUGUGGUUUGAAGAAAGUUGACAGCAGGAUUCUGAAGGCGAAGCAUCUGAAAAGAUUAGACCUGAGCCGCAACAGCAUCUGUGAAAUCCCAGAGAAUCUUGACCAGCUUGCAAACCUUUCUGAACUCAACAUCUCAAAUAACCAACUUCAAAGACUACCUAUGGGACUUUGCAAAAGUCAUCACCUGGCCAGAACAUUGCAAUGCCUGAAUGUUUCACAUAAUCAAAUCAGGCAUCUGCCAUGUGAACUAGUGUUCUUAGUAAGACUGGUUAGAUUGGACAUCUCACACAAUAGCCUGGAGAGCUUGCCAGAGAACUUUGGGAAGCUGCACCAUCUGCGCUUCCUGAACAUGAGUGGUAGUGCAAUCAAAUUUGUUCCAUCUUCAUUCUCUAAGCUGAGGUUGGAGGAGAUUGAUUUGUCAGGAAGUGACUCAGCAUUGUUUACAGCAAAGAGCUCUGUGGAUAUUCCAUACACUUCAGGUACAGUGCCUAAGCUGGUAGAGCUAGCAGGAAGAACAACCAUUACAGAAAAGCUACCAUACAAGGAGGGUGACAUUCCAUUGACAUUGUGCUUCUACCUCUCACCGUCCCGUUGGCAUUGGUGUUUCCACGGUACACCCAUUAGCGUUGAAGGUCAGCCCUACGGGACAUUUGCGAUGCCCCUCAAUCUCUCACAUAUAGCGCAUACUGUCACAUCAUCAGACUUCCAGCAUCGGGCUGCACCCAUCCUCAUGAAAGGCUACUUCUGUUCUUACAAUUGCCAAGUCAAGUUUUCAAGAGGUGGAUAUGCGAGGUGAUGAUCGAGUAAAUCCAUCAUGUAACGGUUCAGAACUUUUAUUGAGUACCUUUUUGGAGAACUCAGUUUGAAUAAUAAACCGCACACUUGCAUGAUCCCUGCCACCCUUGAGAGGGCACUCCUGUAUGUUGUACGCAAAAUUUCUAUAAACUCAGGAUAUGAAAGUGUGCUUAUCAAUUAUCCUUUUUCUGGAAAUGCACCAUUUGGGAGUUUUCACAAACACUGCAGUUCUUGCUCCCUGUCAAUCCCAAACUCAUGUAUAGCUAAGUACUUGUUUGUUUGCAAUACUAUUUCUGGCUAUGAAAUGUGCUUGUUGUAUACCAAAUGCUACUGCAAAUUUCUGAUAUUGUACAGUAGCAGUGGGCAUCUCCGCAUUGGUCGAAUCAUACAUGUAGGAUGCACGUUGCUGCAUAUUAAUCAACAAGAUUGCAUGCUACAUUAUCAUGUGCGCUUCAUUAGCACACUCCUGGUCACUAGGCCAUGGUCAUAUAUCAGAUCGAUUUCCAAAAUCAAAUUUAAUGAAACCUUUCUGAGAUGGUUAUCGGAUCUUAAAAUGACACGAAACGAAUAAACAAGUUACCUUAAUAAAUAAAUGAUUUCAUCAUAGAGUAAACACUGUGUCACACUUUAGUGAAACCAAAACUGGGACCAGAACCACUCAAGGGUUCAUUACCAUCCUGCCUGUUGGGAAUCUACAGCCUAGACUAUGGUAUGCCAAUGCUGUACACAGCAU